AUGUCCUCUUAUCUCUUCAAAAAUGGCUUACGAAUAGUGCCUCCUCACUAUAUUACGAUAGACCGUUUUGUAAGACAAAGUUGGGCUGACAAGCAUAUUGUCACGACGUUGCUAUCAGCUUUUGACUUGAAACCCUAUCAGUAUUUUGCAACCAGAAAAGUUUCGGUGACCAGGAAACUACCACACUUAAAAGAAAAUUUAGUAAUUGAUGAUCCAGAGCUACUAAUUGAUCUUGUUCUUCGAAACUCUGAUCUCCUCUCUGUGGUAGUACAUAAACACGAGAUUCCUGUAUCCGAUGGCACUAAUUUUAUGGAAGAUGCCAAUCAAAACAGUUUUCCCAAAGAUGAGGAUAGAUUCAAGAUACCUAUAGUUUUUGAAGAUGAUAACCUCGUAGUGGUCAAUAAACCCUCAGGCAUACCGACACAUCCAACAGGAAGAAGCUAUCGUUUGAAUUCAGUGACCGAGGUAGUAAAACACCAACUCAACUUGGAAAAGAUAUUCAAUUUCAAUCGACUAGAUAGGUCAACAUCUGGGAUAUUAAUUUUUUCAAAAAAUACCAAAACAAAUCAAAAAUUUCAAGAGCAGAUUGCAGAAAAUAAAAUUAAAAAGAGCUAUCUUGCAAGAGUUGAUGGCAAUUUCAAAGAAAAACAUAAUACUAUUUGCAAUGAUUUACUUUUUAGAAUCAGUAUUUCCGGGUUCCCAUUACAAACAACUUCUUUAAAAGAAAUUAUGAUGAAUUCCUUAUCAGUUCCUCAAUUAGCUGAAACACAUUUCAAGUUUUUAUCUUAUAAUCCCGAAAAGGAUCAGAGUUUAGUGAUUUGUGAGCCAGUAACUGGAAGAACUCACCAAAUUAGAAUUCAUUUAAGAAAUUUGGGCCAUCCGAUAUCAAAUGAUACAAUUUAUGGCUUUAAAGGCAACACGUUUAAAAAUUCAAUUGAAACUGAUAAACUGAUAAUACAAAAAAUAUUAAAUCAUAAGGAGUUGAUGGAAAUUAUAUCUUCUAAAAAAAACGCUAAGCGAAGAAACAAAGCUUUAACUGGGAAAGUCUGCAGUGAGUGUGGAACAGAGUUAUUUGCUGAUCCAAUCAAAGACGAUAUGCUAUUAUACUUACAUGCUUUCAAAUAUGAAAAUAUUGAUAAUGAAUGGUGUUUUGAAACAACAUUUCCUAUUUGGGCGAAAUAUGAGAAUUGA